UCGUCAUAUGCAUCGUCGAUCUGAGCCCUUGUAACAAUAACGGCUAGAUCAUUCCAGGCUGAGAGCGGCUCCAACACAAAAUUCAAAUCCAUUCUUCCCACCCCGCUCCCAAUUUCCAGAUCCCCCGACAAGAGAGGCGCAGAUACCAUCUCCCCACACAACGCACUCACUCAUCUCUCGAGAAGCACACAUCCGAGCAUCGCGACAAUGUCUGCUCGGCUUGAUAAGGAGAAAGGUGUAAAUGUCCAGGUUCUUCUUCGCUGCAGGCCAUUUAGUGAGGAUGAGUUGAGAAACAACGCUCCUCAAGUUGUGACGUGCAAUGAUCACCAGAGGGAGGUAUCGGUUUCACAAAGUAUUGCUGGAAAGCAUAUAGAUAGAGUUUUUAUGUUUGACAAGGUGUUUGGACCUUCGUCUAAGCAAAAAGAUCUCUACGAUCAAGCGAUUAUUCCCAUUGUGAAUGAGGUAUUAGAGGGUUUCAACUGUACAAUAUUUGCCUAUGGUCAAACUGGCACGGGCAAAACUUACACUAUGGAAGGCGAUUGCAAGAGAUCAAAGAGCUCACAAAAUGGAGAUCUACCUGCUGGGGCAGGAGUCAUACCUAGAGCAGUGAAACAAAUUUUUGAUACUCUUGAGAGUCAAAAUGCAGAGUACAGUGUGAAAGUAACUUUUUUGGAGCUGUACAAUGAAGAAAUUACUGACUUGUUAGCUCCUGAGGACUUAUCUAAGGUUGCUUUAGACGACAGGCAGAAAAAACAGUUGCCACUAAUGGAAGAUGGCAAGGGAGGAGUACUUGUGAGAGGCCUCGAAGAGGAAAUUGUCACCAGUGCCAGUGAGAUAUUCACUUUGAUAGAAAGGGGAUCAGCAAAGCGCCGUACUGCAGAAACUCUAUUAAACAAACAGUCAAGUCGAUCACACUCCCUUUUCUCAAUUACAAUACACAUCAAGGAAGCAACUCCUGAAGGCGAAGAACUUAUAAAGUGUGGCAAGCUGAAUUUAGUUGAUUUGGCUGGGUCAGAGAACAUUUCCCGUUCUGGUGCUAGGGAGGGUCGUGCAAGAGAAGCUGGAGAGAUAAAUAAAAGCCUACUUACACUAGGAAGGGUAAUUAGUGCUCUUGUGGAACACUUGGGGCAUGUUCCCUACAGGGACAGCAAGCUGACGAGACUACUCCGAGAUUCACUUGGAGGGAGAACAAAGACAUGCAUUAUUGCCACAGUGUCACCUGCUGUUCAUUGUCUUGAAGAGACCCUGAGCACUCUGGAUUAUGCUCACAGGGCAAAAAAUAUAAAGAAUAAGCCUGAGGUAAACCAAAAAAUGAUGAAGUCAACUCUUAUCAAGGAUCUUUAUGGGGAAAUUGAGCGGCUUAAAUCAGAGGUUUAUGCUGCUCGUGAAAAGAAUGGUGUCUACAUACCAAAGGAGCGAUAUUAUCAGGAGGAGAGUGAGAGAAAGGCAAUGGCAGAUCAGAUUGAAUUGAUGACCAUUACUUUAGAGAACCAGCAGAAGCAAUUUGAGGACUUGCAAGGAAAAUAUGAUGCUGAAAUUCAACGAUGCUUUGAUCUGACCAAUAAAUUAGAUGCUACACAGAAAGACUUGAACCAAACUAGUAAAGUGCUGGGGAAUACAGAGGAAGAACUAGUGCAAUGUCAGUAUGCCCUCAAGGAGCGAGACUUCAUAAUAUCUGAACAGAAAAAAGCUGAAAAUGCACUUGCUCAUCAAGCAUGUGUUUUGCGUGCUGACUUGGAGAAAGCUCUCCAAGACAAUGCCUCACUUUUUCAAAAAAUAGCAAAAGAGGACAAACUAAGUGCUGAUAACAGGUCAGUGGUAAAUGACUUCCAGUCUGAGCUUGGGAAUCAACUUGGUUGUCUUUCCAGCACAGUGAGCACAUCAAUUUCUCAGCAAAAUGAACAGAUCAAAGGUGUAGAAAAAUUCUGCCGUGCUUUUCUUGAAUUACAUGAGAAGUCUAUCUUAGAAGUGAAGAAGAAAGUCAGUGGUUCAAAGUUGUUGUAUAUCUCUCACUUCGAAGCCAUGAAAAAUAUAGUUAAGCUUCACAAGGCUAGCUCCAAUGCUGCUAUUGAUGAUAUAGAUGAUUCGGUAUCUUCAAAUUCACAGUCCAUUAGUGAAUUUUUAGCUACAGAGGCUGUGAAAGCUAACAAAGUCUUCAAAGAUCUAAAUAUUAGUUUGUCAACCCAACAAAGUGAAAUGGCAGAAUUCUCCAGAGAACUUCGUCAGAGGUUUAAUACGAGUACUCAGCAUUUGACGAAGAUCUCAGAGGACAUUCAGGGGUUCCUUGAUAAAAUUAAGUAUAAAUCAAAGAGUCUUGGAGACCAUGCCACUAAGUUUGAAGACAACCAGAUAAAGUCUAUUGCUGAAUUUCAAAGGGCAUUUGAGGAGCAAUCAAAGGCAGACACAGAGAAGCUAAUUGCUGAUAUGAAUUUACUGGUCUCCAAUCAUAUGCUUCGGCAAAGAGAACUGGUUGAUGAACGACUUUUGAGUCUCAAAGACAGUGUUGGUGUAAACAAAUCAGUUUUAGAUGAACAUGUUUGCUCUAUAGAGGGUAUUAAUGCGGAUGCCAAAAGAAAAUGGAAUGAUUUUUUCACUCAAGCUGGGAAUCACACUAAAGAUAAUACUGCUUUCUCUGCUGCUAAGCAUUGUCGAAUGGAAAGUCUCAUGCAGGAGUGUGUAAGCAAUGCUGGAACAGCUUUGGAGGUAUAUCAGACUACACAUGAAUCUGUUAAUGCCAUGAGCAACCAACAUGUCUCAACAGUGCAUUCACUUGUCAGGAAUGUCUGUGAUGGUAACGACAACCAUGUGACUGAGUUUGACUCCACCAGAGUUGCUGCUGAAGAAGAUGUGAAAUUAAAUAGUGAAAAUAUUAUACAACUGUUUGACGGUUUGUCAGAGCAAGAGAAAAGUUCUAUAUCUAGUAUUUUGAGUACUUCCACUGCACAUUCUCAAAUACUAGAUGAACUCCAGAAAGGUUACUCUACACAGUGCACCUCUAUUGAGAAGAAGACAGGUGAAACAUUCCAACAGAAAUACAUGGAUUAUGAGCCUACUGGGAAUACCCCAGUAAGGAGUGAGUCUGAUGUUCCAAGCAAGGGCAAUAUUGAAUCACUGCGGGCAAUGCCAAUGGAAGUUCUUCUCGAAGAGUUUCGGGAAAAUCAUUCAUAUGAUUCUUUUAAAAUGAAGGAACCAAAACAGUCUCUCAUCCCCCGGCUUCCCUUCUCACACAUCAAUAAGUAGGAGUGCCUUAGCCAUGCUGCACGCAUUUGCAUUUCUAUAUUGUUGUAGUUUCAAUGAAUCCCUUCUCGGGAUGGUUAUGUAUAUUGAGAAAAGAGUGAGUUGUACUUAAUGUGCCAUACAGUGUGCGUGUCUAGCAGUCUAGGCCAUAGGGCAUCAUCCGUUGUGUAGUGUCAAAAGGGUUUCUAUGGGAGAUCUGUAUCAUCUUUUUUGUGUGGCCAUUGUUAUGUAACAAAAUGUUUGAAGAUGAAAAAGAUAUUACAUAUUUAUAUCUAUAUAUUUAAUACUACGUACUACGUAAUAUAUUGGGUGUUACCGUGUUACUUGAUUU